AGUUAAAAAAAAAAAAGGGACGGCAGCACAAAAGCUCAGGUAGUCCGACAACAGUGCUCACUUUGUUAGUAGAAUGAGAAGGACAAGGGGGGAGAGGCAAUGGUCCACAUGACUCUGGAAUUCUAUUCAAAAUCUCAGCCCACUGUGCAGCACAUGUCGAACGAGGAUAUUUACGGCCUGUGCCUUAUGCUCGCCAAAAACGUAGAGCUUAUGAAGCAAUCAGUUUGCAUUGGACACUUGCUUCGAGAGCAUCGUGUAGAAUUAUUAAAAUUUUUUUUCAAAUUGUGAAGAUGGUCCUCUUAAAAGUACCUUUGAAAAUGCCUCUGAAGCAAAUUAUUCAGAUAAUGUCCCUGUAUUAUCUCCUGUCAACUCCAAUGGUCUUGACAGCCUCCGUAAACAAUACAACAAAGAACGCGACGACCGAAGAUUUCCAUUACCAAGACCCAACUUCAUCAUCACCACCAACGUCAGCACCACCUUGUCAAAAUUUUACCCAUCAUAAUGGACUUUCCCAAUUAAUUUUCCCGACGUGCACGAGUCCUGUCAAUUCUGCCGGUCUGCGUAACCUGGUGAUCCAAGGAAUGGCCUGCACAUGUGAUCUCAACACUCACGAUGUACAGAGAAGAGAUGAUUAUUUCUACACAGUGGGUGUCGGUGCACAUAAAUUACAUACUCGAGGUGCUACAUUUAAUAAUGCCAGGAAAGUGUGCAUGGAAGAAGGAGGGCAUUUGGCAGUCAUUGAUUCCGUUGCAGAAGAACAAGUAUUACUCGAUUUAUUUAAACAAUCUGGACCCAUGAGGAAUGUGACGCGCGAGGACCAAGCAUUCAUUGGUAUUCACGAUCUAUUUGCCGAGGGUGAGUGGGUGACAGUUCUAGGCGAUUCGCUUCACAAAUACGGAUACACAAAAUGGAGUAAUCUUUGGGGUGGACAACCAGAUAAUGGAGGUGGGGUCCAACACUGUGGUACUCUAUUAAAAGGAGGGGAAAUGGAUGACGUGAACUGUAAUAUACAAUUUCCAUUCUUUUGUGAAAUUCCCAGCAUUCGACUGGCUCAUUAAGAUUUUCAGAUAAUCUGAUAAUCCUAAAUUACACUAAUAGAGUUAUCAUUCAGUAAUACAAAUAAAAAUAAAUAAUGACAUUAUCUCAUCACCUAUUUUUUUUAAAUAUUCAAACAUCCACUUGAAGUCAAUAAUUGUUAAAGUAAGAUUUCGAGUUUGGAGUGUACAUCGUGAAAUAAAAUAAAUAAAAUAAAAAUUCGUUUCUGUUAUAACUGUCAAUAAUCUCAACUUUAUUGUAGACGUAAUAAAGUGUCUUAUUUUAUCUUUAACAUA